UGGAAGGCGGCAAGGAUUUGAUUGACCCCAACACUGCUGAGAAAAUCAGUCUGGCAGAGCUCAUGGACCGGUGCAUCGUCCACCAAGAGACUGGGCUGAGGCUGCUCCCAGUGAAGCAGCUGGCGGGGGGAUGGUGAGCUUGAAAUCAGGCAGGGAGGUCAGCAUCUUCCGGGCAGUCCAGGAAGGGCUGAUAGACCAGCAGGUGACAGCCAGGUUGCUGGAAGCCCAGCUCUUUGCUGGUGGCAUCGUUGACCCCAGGACGGGGCACAGGCUGACUGUGGAUGAGGCUGUGAGACACAAUCUAAUCGACCAGGAUUUGGCUUGCACGCUUCUCAUCCGGCAGCUUCAGACGGGUGGGAUCAUCGACCCCGUCACGGGAGAGAGGCUGACCAUUGAUGAAGCUGUGAGGAAGGACUUGGUAGCGCCAAGGGUUGCACUGGUGGUCCUGGAAUCCCUGCGGUCCUUCAAGGGGCUCCUGUGGCCAGAGAUGGGGGAGAUCAUCUCGGUUGCAGAUGCUUUGGAGCAAGGAAUCCUGUCCACGGAGCUGGUUCACAGGAUUCUCAGCACCAGGCAAAUCAUAAAGGGUGUUUUUAUACCAGAAACCACUGAGGUGUUGUCCUGGCAGAGAGCAGUUGAACAGGGCAUCUUGGAGAGAGAUGUGGUGAAGAAGCUGAAGUCAACAGUCAUACCUGAUGUCAUGGCCAGCGUGCAGCUCGCUGGCUCUCCAAGCAGGAGCAGGCAUGGCCAGAGCUCUCCUGGAAGGAGUCCCACAGGUCAGGAAGAGCCCAGUGACCCCCUGCUAAGGAGUGACGAUGAAAGGCUGAUGUUCCACUUGAUGACCCACAGCUACAUUAACAUCCACGAUGGCCAGAAGCUGCUACUGGUGGAUGGAGAGCUGAACAAUCUCACUAAAGCUCUUAUCCAAACCCAGGAAAAUGGAUCCUGUGCACAGAGUUUGGAAGACAGUGGAAGUUUUGAGGAGACAGAGGCAAAGGCAGCUCUUGAAAGUGAGCCCUGCAAUGGUUUGGCUUUGCAGCAGCUUGAGCUUCAGUUUGCUCCCUCAAAAGAAGAAAGUGAAAAGAUCCAACCACCCAGAACUGCUUUGGAGAAUGGGGAGGUGGUGAUGGGGCCUGAAAGUCUCCUCAUGGAGGAUGCAGAAGAUGUUCUGCAUGUGGAAGAGCAAGAGCAGAUUUAUACUGAACAGGUGACCAUCAAGAGUGAACCUGAUGCUGAAUUGGGAAGAGAGCAGGUCAUUUCUACAAGCAAGGACAAGCAUCAGGUAAAAUUAUUGAUGCCAGAACCUCCCAGUGACCUUGACAGUGGUUUCAGAGAAACAGAGGAAGUGAUGAUUGAGGCAGAAGAAGAGUCCAAGCUGACUCCAGUAGAUGGAGUGGAAGGUACUGAAGAUCGGAAGAGGUCCUUGGAAAGUGGGUCAGUGGUUGUGAAAAGUGAGAUCUGCAUAAGAAUGGGUGUUUCAGAAAGUAGAGACAGACUGAAAACAGUGGCAGAGAGGUCUCAGAGUGUGGAGGAACCUGAACUGGAGGCCGAAGAUGUAAGAGAGGUUUAUUUACUGAAGGAAAAGGCAGUUGAAAAUGGUGUGCUGGGAGGAGAGGAGGUUGUGCUCCCUGAAACCGGGGAGACAGCACGAACAGAGGGGCACAGCGAAGACAUGGAAAGUGUGUUGGAAGUGGCAGAAGGAGAGGGGGAAGAAGUAUUAGGUGACAAAGGUGUUGAUGAAACAUCCCUGCCAGGCCCUGAGGAGCAGGAAGCAGGGGACACUUUGGAAAUGCUCUUAGCACAGCUCCAAAGUGGAGGCAUAAUCCACGAGCAGACAGGCAAGACGCUGCUUCUGAACGAGGCGGUGGCCUGCGGGGUGGUGUCCAGCCACACGGCCGUGAAGCUGAUGGAGAGAAUGAAGAUGUUCACUGGCUUCUUUGACCCUCAGACGUGCGAGUCCUUAACCACUGAGGACGUCAUUGAAGAAGGUCUGAUGGAUGAGAAGCUUCUCCAGAAGGUUCUCGCGUCCGACAGAGCCAUAAGUGGCAUUCUUGACCCGGGCAAUAACUUCGUCUACUCCGUCAAGGAUGCCGCUGCCGUUGGCCUUCUGGACAAGGAAACAGCCAUGAGGAUCUUGGAAGGGCAAGUGGUUACUGGAGGGAUUGUGGACUUGAAACGUGGCAAAAAAGUGUCGGUCACUUUGGCUUCGAAUCUGGGUCUCAUAGAGCCAACAAGUCAGAAUGAGCUGGUCAAGCUGGAGAAGGCUUCCAAGGGGAAAGGCACUGAUGAGGCAACCAGACAGAGGCUCAUGAGUUUGCAGGCUGAGACCAGUGGAAUUGUGGAUCCUAAAACUAAGCAGCCUUUGACCGUUGCAGAGUCUGUUGAAAAAGGGCUCCUGGAAAAGGAAAAAGCUCUUCAGCUCUUGACCAAGCAGGUUGCUGAUGGAGGAAUCAUCCACCACGUGUCUGGAAUGAGGCUUUCGGUGGACAGCGCGAUGGAACAUGGUUUGAUUGAUCAAGAUUUAUGUAACGAGCUCAGGAAGGCUGAAGGUGUGUGCCUGCAGGACUAUGUCCAUCCAAUUACAAAGGAGAAACUACCCUUGCCCCAGGCAGUGUCGUUAGGGCUCAUUAGUCCGGAAUUCCAGAGGAAAGUGCAAGAAAUCCAGGCUGGGAGCGGAAGUGUUUUCGAUCCAGCUUCUGGGCAGAGACUGGCACUGUGUCAAGCAGUGCAGGAGGGCUUGCUGCCCCAGCAGGCGAUGGAGAAGGUCCUGUCAUCUUCAGAAAUGAAAGAGGGAAUUGUAGAUCCCGAGACCUGCAUGAUCGUUCCCUACUCGGAGUUCGUGAAGAAGUGUAAAAUUGACAUCGAGUCUGGCCAGAGGUACCUGGAGGUCCAUCCCUUCCGAGCCCUCAAGGAUGAGGUGAUGGGGACCAAGCUGACAUGUGCUGAGGCCGUGAGGCAGGGGAAGGUGGACCCUCUGCCUGCCCUGAGGCUGCUGCAGGCACAGGCAGACACUGGGGGGGUGGUGGAGGGCACUGUCAGCAAGAGGCUGUCCCUGAGAGCUGCCGUGGAGCGAGGGCUGCUGGACGAGGGCAUGGCCAAAGUCAUUGCCACCAACCAGCUGAGGACUGGGGGAAUUGUUGAUGCCAGCGGUGGGAAAAGGUUGACCGUAAAGGAAGCUGUUGAAAAAGGACUGAUUAGCCCAAAGUUGGCUGCCUGGUCUUCAGGAUGCACGGGUACCCGAAGAUAAAGAUGGUUCUGAGGUCUGCAGGGCGGAAAAACCCCGACUUUCCCAGGAAAAAAAGGAAGACAUCAUCCUCUCUACCAGAUCUGCCAAGAAGUUUGAUGUUGCUGAGCACAAAGCUCAACCUGAAGCCCCGA